AGGACUGUGAUUGGGUGACAAGUUUCGCCAGAACCCUACGGAGCAGGGAGGGGGCGCACUUACUACGUAAGCCUAGCUGAGAGCCGUGUGCAGUUACGCUGUGAAGAUGGCUUCGAUUUUCAACCCAACGCUUUCUGGAAUUGUGCUGGAAGAACCUGACAAUGGGGGAAAGAUGGCUUUUCUUGCUUUAGAUGACACUACAACGCUUAAUAAGGUAGAAAAUGUAAACAGUGAAUCAAGCAAGAAAGGGAAAGAGAGCGAUGAGAAAAGGAGCCCAACUUCAAGACAGCCAUCAAAUGCUCGUAGAUGUCCCCAGAAGAAAGGACUCUCACAAUUCACAAACAACGUCGACAAAGGAAAUCAAGAUGAAAAACCUUGCCAAGAAUCUUCUGAGUUCAAGUCUGAACAAAGCACUUCAAACGAGCAGCCUGUAGAUAAUCAGGAGAAGUGCAGUGACAAUUCCAGCUCCCAAACAGAGAGGAGUGGGAGCCUGUCGGAAGAGAGUCAGCAACAAUUGGAAACAUCUCCAGGCCAAUCGUCAGAAAACCAAGAUAAUUCAGAAAGAUCUCAAAGCCAGUCGGAGAGUUCUAGUGAUCAGUCAGAGAGUUCUAGCCAGUCGGAGAGAUCUCAUGGCCAGUCAGAGAGUUCUGAUGAGCAAUCUGAGACAUCGUGUGACCAGUCAGAGAGAUCUUGGGCCCAAACAGAAAGAUCUCGUGGCCAAUUAGAGAAAGCUCGUGAUCAGCCGGAGACAUCUCGUGCCCGAUUGGAGAGAGCUCAUGACCAGCCAGAGAGAUCUCGUGCCCGAUUAGAGAGAGCUCGUGACAAGCCAGAAAGAUCUCAUGCCCAAAUAAAAAGAUCUCAUGGCUACCCAGAAAGAUCUCAUAGCCGAUCAAAGAGAUCUCGUGGCCACACUGAGAGAUAUCAUGGUCACUCAGAGAGGUCUCGUGAUCAUUCAAAGAGAUCUCGAGAUCUCCUGUCCCAUCAGGGAGAUCUCCUGUCCCGUCAGGGAGAUAUCAUUUCCCAUCAGGAAGAUCUCCUUUCCCGUCAGGGAGAUCCUAUUUCCCGUCAAGGAGAUCUCCUUUCCUGUCAGGGAGAUCUUAUUUCCCGUCAAGGGGAUCUCCUGUCCCAUCAGGGAGAUCUCCUGUCCCGCCAACUUCACCAGAAGAUAAAGACAAACCAGAAGUGUUUAGCGCACUUCUGCCUUAAAUACGUCACCAACGUACAAGCCCAGUGUGGUUUGGAUAAAAGGUUUUUAACAAUGAAAAGAAGGCGUGAACACUUCCAGAAACAGGUGUAUCGAAGACAUAAUCAAAUGAACAGGAAUCGAAGGAUAUCACCAGAAAAUGGCCGCAGAUCUGACGAAAGCGAUCGAAGACGUGAAAGAACUACAGCCAUGAAAGAAGGAGUCCUGUUAUAUACCUUUAAAAUGGGCCUAACCAAGAGCAUCUGCGGAAGGGCUCAAAUAGCUGUGGACGUAGGAGCAGAUUCAUGA